GUAGUCUAUAGUAUACGUAUUAUACUCUUUGCUGGUAGUUACAUACUCUUUGUCAAUCAUUAAAUCUAUCAUAUUGUUUUAUAAGUUUUCCGAAAGUAAUAUUUUAUUAAACUUUAUUAACAACCAUUAAUCAAUUAGGAACACAAUACCACAAGAUCAUAAUGGACGAACGAGCGGCUAAACUAGCGGCUGCAAGGCAAAAGCUAAAACACCACCAAGAAAAAAAAAUGGUACGUACAGAAGUUUCGAGUUCCUCUCAGGAAUAUAGUGCUUUAAACAAAGAAGCGAUAGAAGAUAUUGUAAAUGUAAAAGAAUUGACUACAGCUAAUGAUGUAGUCGAUUCGUAUCGUGAUAAUCAUCUUAUAAAAAAUAGUGUAACGCCCAAGAAAAGCGACAUGAAUGUGACGGAAAUUUUAAUUACUAAUAAAACUAAACUUGAAGAACAAGUCAAAACAUUGGAAAAACGACUAGUGGAAUUACAAAGAAGUUUUAAUUCAGCAGUAGAACAACAAAAUGUUUAUGCACAAACUGUCUCCUGCUUGCAGAUGGAAUUGCAAACUGUUCAAAACAAAUAUGAAGUUUUAAAUGAUGAAAAUUCUUUACAAAAGAAUACAAUAUUGGAUCUUCAAAGCAAAAUCACAGCUUUAUCUGAACAAAACACCAAUUUAAUAGAACAAUUAGAAUUCACAAAAACAAUGUUAACUGUGAAAGAAAAUGAAAAUUCCCAACUUACUAAUCAUAUUUCAAUGCUUCAAAACCAAAUAGAUGUGCUCCAGUUACAGAUGAAACAAUUGACUAAUAACUCUAACAUGUCUAACAUCAGUGUAUCUCAAGACCAAAAAGAACAAACAUCAAAUGACCAACUUUAUCAAAAAAUAUCUAAUUUAGAGCAACAAAUGCAAUCACUCCAAAAGGAAAGAGAUAGUAUUAGUUCACACUAUGAGCAUUAUGUUGGUGAGCUCAACAGACAACUUAAAGUAAUGGAAACAAAUAAUAAUGAAUUAAGUGUGGAAACUCAGAGGUUGCAGAACAGAGAAACUAACCUUGUAGAUCAAAUAAGUGAAAUGGAAAUAAGACUUCAAAACUUUCAAUCCAAAAAAGUUGAAGAACAUGAAAAUGUGUUAAAACUACAAGAAACAAUUAAAACUAAAGAGAAAAAAAUUCAAGAAUUAAGUGCUGCAUAUAGUGAGCUUCAAGCAAAGUGUUAUGAAAAACAAGUACAAAUUGAAACUUUCAAUAAAAACAAAGAAAUUAACUGUGAUCAGGACAACAUAAGUAUAUCUAAACUAAAUGCUGACAUUGCCAGUGACAAAGUUGCAGCGCAGCGAGCAACCGAACAGAAUAAAAAACUAAAAACUGAUUUAACAGAGUUGGAAUUUGCUUUUAUAAAAAUGAGUAAAGACAAAUUAGAUUUAACAGACAAAUUGACUCAUGAAAAGCAACUUAAUAAGGAAUUGAUGCUAAAACUUGCUGACAUAGAGGAAAAUUUAAAAAGUGUCCAAAACAAAUUAAAGGCUAAGGAUGAUGAAAUGAUAAGAUUGCAGAAUAGUUGCCGUAUUUUAGAAAAUAAUUAUGAGAAGUCUCUCGAAAAUUACCAUCAGUCUAAAGAAAAAGACCAAAGUUCCAUUAGUAAAGAAGAAAAGGAUAUAAAUUGCAAUGAAAAUGAUGCCAUUCAUGUUCAUAACCAAGAGUUCGAUGAAAGAAGAGAUUUGCUUGAAAUUGAUGAUGAGGAAAUAAGAUUGAGCAUUGCCAAAGAAGAUGCAAUGUUAAAACUGCAAGAGAGGUUUUUAAAUAUUAUGGAUGAAGUUGCAAAUUUAUCUGAUGAAAAACAUAGACUAGAACACAUAAUUUUGCAACUGCAAAAUGAAACAGAUACAAUAUGUGAAUACAUAGCUUUGUACCAACAACAGCGCAGUUUAUUGAAAAAACGGGAUGAAGACCGGAGUGAACAGAUCAAAAUGUUUCAAAUAGAAAGUAAUAAAUUAAAGAUGCAAUUGGAAGAGCUAAAUGACUUACUUUUGAGAUUUGCAAAUGAUGAUGAAUUGAAGAAAUUUUUACAAGAUGAAUCAAGAAAGAAUGAUUUAGAUAAGGUAAUGGAAUUAAUGUUAAGUGUAAAAACCAGUUCCUUGAUAUCCUUAAAUCAUAAAAUGCUAGACUUCAAAAACUUUUACCCAUGCAAUUGUUGUUCAGGACAACUUAUAGAUGUUUAAUUUUUUAACAACCAAGAUCCUAUGAAAAUGGCGACGAACUUUGACCCAAUGUAAAAUGUACAUAUAAGAAAAUUAAAGUGUCGAAAGUGAUGAUGACCUAGACCCAGUUGAUAGUCUCUUUAUCAGUGAAGUUUUACACAACAUUUAUCAUUUGUUUAAUAAACUAUUAUACAUA